GGUGAUGAGCGGAGCUGUUUUUUUCCGUGAGAAGCGGCAACUUUCACUCUUACUCUUCUUCUUCUACUUCUUCCUCUUCCCCGGGUGUCUCUAAAGCGCAAGAGCAUGCAGAUAUCCCCGAGUGAAGACAAGCUCCCUGUCGUGGGCUCACCUUCAGGCCCUCAGGGCACCGGGGAGGGCCUUUACUUCUCUGACGGCAAGCGGAAAGUUGACUACGUCCUGGUCUUACACCAGCGCCGGAACGGCUCCAUACGAUCGCACGCCAGCGCCGCGGUUUCGCACGACAGGCUGUCCAUCGUGUCCAACGGCAACUUCCCCCCUUCGGCGGGCUCGGAUGGCGCGGCCGGGAAAGGAGGUGGCGGAUUGUUACGGGAGCCGGCGCGGGCCGGAGAGGUGUUCAUGGAGCUCGGCGAUGCCGGAGAGAAAGAGCCAACGGAGCCCGCCGACCACGAGGUGCGUCUCAUCCGGCAGGAAUUCGAGGCCAGCCUGCUGGAGGCCGGCCUGGAGUUGGAGCGGGACAAAGAGUUAAAGACCUACGGCCCCAGCUUCACCCGUCUGCACGCGCCAUGGCCAGUACUGUGUCGGGAGGCUGAGUUUCUCAAGAUAAAAGUCCCCACCAAGACGAGUUACGAGCUAAAAGAGGAGAGUGGUUUCGGGUCCAGUAUGAGCACAGUGUGGAGAAAAAUGAACCACCCUUUCCAGCCUAAAGUACCUCAUCAAGAACAAGAACGCACCAAGUUUCUGACUCAUUGCUUCUCCAGGGACAAACUCCACCUAUACAACAUCACAUCUAAAGACACAUUCUUUGAUAACGCUACAAGGGGCCGAAUAGUAUAUGAGAUCCUGAGACGGACAGUGUGUGUACGAACCUGUCAAACCAUAGGCAUCAGCACAUUGAUAGCUAAAGGAGUGUAUGAUGACGCCUUCCCGCUUCACGAUGGUGACUAUAAAGUCAUCGGACACCUGGAGGAGAAGAGCGACAGACAGGUUCUGCACAACGAGUGGGCCAAAUACUCUGCCUUUUACAAGUACCAGCCCAUUGAUCUGGUCAGGAAGUACUUCGGGGAGAAGAUCGGCCUGUACUUCGCAUGGCUUGGUGUUUACACUCAGCUGCUGAUACCGGCCUCCAUAGUGGGAAUCAUCGUGUUCUGCUAUGGGGUGGCCACAGUGGAUUCUGAUGUACCCAGUCUGGAGAUGUGUGACGAGCGUCUCAAUUUCACCAUGUGUCCACUGUGUGACGGAGCCUGUGACUUCUGGCAGCUCAGCACGGCCUGCGGCACCGCCAGAGCUUCGCACCUCUUCGACAACCCCGCCACUGUCUUCUUUGCCAUCUUCAUGUCUCUCUGGGCCGUGCUGUUCCUGGAGCACUGGAAGCGCCGCCAGAUCAGUUUGAGCUUCAGUUGGGAUCUGACUGGCAUCGAGGAGGACGAGGAACAUCCGAGGCCCAAAUAUGAGACCAUACUCCUCCAGAAGAGGCAGAGGAAACAGAAAACCAAGAAGAAGAAGAAGAAGAAAAAGAAUGAGCUGGACCCAACUGUCAGCAAUACCAAUGGAAAGCUAGAGAAGCAGGAGGACGGGACAGUGACAGGGAAGGACAGAUGGAGACAAAAACUACUGUCUGCCAUGAAUGCAGGAAUACCGGCUGCCAUAGAGAAGUUGACCUGGAAAGACCGUCUUCCUGGAUACUUCAUCAAUGUCUCCUCUGUCCUCUUCAUGUUUGGCUUGACCUUUUCAGCUGUUUUUGGCGUCAUCAUCUACCGCAUCACGGUGUCGGCCCUGAUGGCGAUGAGCCCCGACCCGGACACCAAGUCCAAUGUCCGGGUGACUGUGACGGCCACCGCGGUCAUCAUCAACUUGGUGGUUAUUCUGAUCCUUGAUGAGAUCUACGGCGCGGUGGCAUUGUGGCUAACUGAGCUAGAAAUUCCUAAAACCGAAACCCACUUUGAGGAGCGGCUCAUCCUGAAAGCCUUCCUCCUCAAGUUUAUGAAUGCGUAUGCACCCAUCUUUUACGUGGCCUUCUUCAAGGGACGGUUUGCUGGUCGACCUGGAAGCUAUGUGUACGUCUUUAACCAUUAUCGGAUGGAAGAGUGUGCGCCAGGAGGCUGCCUCAUCGAGCUGUGCAUCCAGCUCAGCAUCAUCAUGCUGGGGAAGCAGCUGAUCCAGAACAACAUCUUUGAAAUCGGAAUCCCGAAGUUGAAGAAGCUGGUGCGCGCGUUGAAGGAUAAAGGAACGGCAGAGAAGGAGAUGGAGGAGGAGAGGCCUCCAAAGCAGUGGAACCUGGACUACGCCCUGGCUCCCUUUGACGGCCUCACGCCUGAAUACAUGGAAAUGAUCAUCCAGUUUGGUUUCGUCUCUCUGUUUGUGGCUUCGUUCCCACUCGCUCCGCUCUUCGCUCUGCUCAACAACAUCAUCGAGAUCCGACUGGAUGCCAAAAAGUUUGUUACGGAGCUACGCAGGCCGGUCGCCGUACGGGCUAAAGACAUUGGUAUAUGGUACAACAUACUGAGUGGAAUGGGAAAAUUCUCAGUCAUUAUCAAUGCCUUUGUGAUCUCCUUCACGUCAGACUUCAUCCCUCGGCUCGUCUACCAGUACAUGUUCAGUCAGACCGGCACCAUGCACGGCUUCAUUGACCACACGCUCUCCUACUUCAACGUGUCCAACUUUAAACCCGGCACCGCACCGCAGAACUUGGAGCAAGGGAGCAUCACCGUCUGCCGGUAUAAAGACUACAGGGAACCCCCCUGGUCUCCGGACGCUUACACCUUCUCCAAACAGUACUGGUGUGUCCUGGCUGCAAGACUGGCUUUCGUCAUACUGUUCCAGAAUCUGGUGAUGUUCCUCAGCCUCAUUGUCGCCUGGGGGAUCCCCGACGUUCCCAAAACCAUCGUGGAGCAGUUCAAGCGGGAGAAGAAGCUCCUGGUCGACGUCUUCCUACGGGAAGAGAAGGAAAAAUUCCAGCUAAUCCAGAGCCUCUUCUCCAAGAACGCCUCCCACCAACCGAGCCCCCACGAGGAGCACCCGGGCAAAGGCCCGCAGCUCCCGGGCCGCUUCAGCACCCUCCCCCCGGGUCCGGGGCAGGGCUUGCCCAGAGACGGGGGCGGGCCCAGGGCGAGGUGCAGGGCGGCCAGCUUCAGCCAGUUCAGCAGAAAUGUUCCCACGUCGCCCAAAAACGGAGACGAAAACUCCAGACACACGAUGGUGUGACGUGCGACAAACACACACAUGCGUAGAGGUUCUUCGGCCCGGGCCUCAGGACCGGAGAACACGUUGCCCGAGGGAUUCAGUCCUUGAAUGUCUUAACCCGUGUGCUUUGUGUCCCGGUGUCCGACACAGUAGUUCUGUGUGAUCACGGCAUCACUUGGAGCCAUUUAUUGGUUUCAGUUUGGUUGAAUGUGCAUCGUCCGUGCGUCGAUCCCACUUCCAACCACUAAACCUGAGGAAAGUGUUCCAAUAAUUUGUUCUUUUUUGGGGGUGGUUUGUUUGAAAAAUCAAUGAUUUAGUGAGGCACACUUGCUUCAUAGCGUAGACAAGCAAUAAUUACAGUAUUAGGCUGAAAAAUCGUUACAUGAACCUGGAAAAGACUGGAAGGGAAGAAAGAACCAAUAACGAAUGAUUCCUUGAUGAAGACUCAAUCGACACAAAUGGAUUGACGGACAUGGGCUCAUUACCUGGACUGGGGACUCUCAGAAUGUUCCUGCUUUAUGUGCUUACGCUCUUUUAUGUAGCAGCGACAACACUUUUGAAGACUGAAAGAACACAUGAUCACAUCUUUACACUACUCACUGUGUUACAUCUGAUUUCUCCACACUGAAUUCAGGCAUUACUUUGAUUCUAUUUUCAAACUUUACUUAAAUUGUCAUGUUAGUCGAUGCACACGUCAUACUGCUCAUCGUGUUUGUUGGACUGAUGCACAUGCCAAUGUGGCGCGCGUUGCAUGCCACCCUUAGAUUUAUAGACCAAGCUGUGGUUUUUAGAAAUAGACUGUGAAGCCUAUGUCUUUCCCGAUUAGCCAUAUGGACUUUACGGCUCUCAAUUGAGUACAGAAUGACUUAAACUUAAUGACUUUGUAAUUCAAAGAGAAAUCCCACUCUGUUGCAGCCUGUGAGUGGCAGUAAGCUAGAAAAGAUCUCAUGUUAUUGCCAAGGGAAGAAAUAAUUCCCUUGCCAAUCCUUCCUCCUUGAGGUGAUAGACUGUAUACUCUGACAUUCCUGCAGGUAAGUAAUAAAUCUGGGGAACUACUGCCCAAAUAGAGUAACUGCGUGUUGCAUAGAAGAACUUGCCGGUGUCAUGCAACCUGUGUAAGCCAUGUUAGAAAUAUUGAGCUUUUUUUAAUGUACAACUGGAUCAUCUAUUUCUGACUGCCAGCCAGUCAUUUCUGCCCUAAUAGGUCUGACUGAUUUCAUGUUUAGAUAAUAAUAACUUUUUAGCUAGAUAACAUAGGCCUACAUCAGUAUCUGGUCUAACUAUUGGUGUAUAAUUGUUAACAACUUGUUAGCAUCUGAAUUCAAUUAGCUUUUGCAUGUAAAAGUAAAACUGAAUUUGUAAUUCCCCAAUUUUUGUGCAAGGAAAUAUAAGCUAUAACCAUAUUUAGCUAAUAUGCAUAAUACAAAUAAGUCUUUUUUUCUUUUUUGGCAAGGAAAAAAGGGGUUUACAUGGAUGUAAUUUCUCAUGUUCUCAGGGGCCUAUGUUCUACGGAUUUAUACGACACAUGAUUAAGGUUUAAUGUUCCCAACGUUCCCUAACUAUUCGCUUAAUAUGCUGUGGGCUGUUGUUGAAACUUGUCAAAGGGAACAAACUGCAAAUGACUUCCUGACAGCAUAAAACCUUUUGAAAAGUUGACUGCAUGUGUAACAGAGAAUUUACUUGGGUAACUUAACAAUGGGAACUAAGUAACUUGGAAACAAAGGACCGUGGAAAAUACACUCUGGGAACAUAUGACCCUGUAGACAUAGGACCUUGGUAACUGGAACCUGAGACCACAGACCAGGGUGACAUAUGGACUCAAAAACAUAGAACCCUGACAACAUAUAUGCUCCCACUGAAGGUUGGGCGCUGGCGUUGCUAGGAGAUAAGUUAACUUCAGUGGAGAGCUGUCUAUUGGAACAGUGACGACCCUGUAUCCCAUUGAUAUUAAUACAAAAAAUAUUCCCCAAGUUGAGCCCCAAUGAUGUUGAUUUAAGUAUUUUUUUAGUGGAAGCCAAUUAGUCCAGCCUGCUAACAUUAGCACUGAUCCCCACUCCAUGCGUUUGUUCAUGUUAUUUCGAGACCUGAGUCAUCAGCAGCUCAGUGUCCUUCGUUUCGUUUUAGAAGUGGAUGUAGCCGUCUCCCUUUCAUGGGUCCGGACUAGGCCUUAGGAAAUGACCUCGCUGACAGAAAACGCCUGUAAAUGCUCAAUUAUAGAAUCGUAGAGUAAUGUACAGAAUGUGUUUAAACCACCGAUUCGGACUAAGCCAUUGCUAACGACUAAUCAGUUUAACUUCCUCUGCAUCCUUUGAAUAAGAGUGAUACUACCACCAGUUUUUAGUGCGUACAUUCGACCGCUCAACAGUAAUAUUAUGGUUAAUGACAACCACUUCCCUGCAGAACACCUAUGUUGGAGGUGCUACUACGGCAGAAACAUUGAUUAAGGCUUCAAUGGUUUGCUUUGGUAAUUCCAAUUUAGACCAACCAAGUAGUGCACAAGUACUAACAAACUAUUUAUGCUGGUUUUGAAGUAAAAAUGAGUAUUGAUUUCCGUUCAACUGUAACCAUGGAUGUGACCCGUUGGGGUGUGUUGGUCCUGCCAACAAGACACAAUGGCAGUCUUUUGGCAACAUCAAUGUCUGGAAUAAUAAUUCUUUGGAAUAAAGGGGCGCCAUCUUGGAACCCCAUACCUAAUUCUUGAUUAGCUUCAGAGGCCUUGUAACUGCUCUUGUAUCGCCAAUAAAACACAAACAUCUGUCUGCUCAGUUAGGCCUCAGUGAAACAUACUGUAGUUAACUGUAAAUGUUCUCACGUGGUCUUUAGGGCUAGGGAAUUGUGAAAAAGUGGUGUUAUGCUGGUAUCUGUCACCUAAAAAAGAGAUUACCUUACGUUACCUUAAUUAAGUUGGUGUAGAAGUUCUUAAAUACAUGAGUGUUGGAUGCAUUAUGGAAUCAUUUCUUACCUGUGUGAUCUGUUUGCUUUCAUCUCAUUUGGCUCUUCUUAUAAUUUGCCGUUUUUGGUAGGGCAGUCCUUGUGAGAUUACCUGGCAAAAAGAAAAGAUCCUCAAAAAUGAAUAAACACACAACCAGUUUGACGGCAAUACAAUGCUGAAUUCAUCGAUACUGAAAUGCUUUUCUGGACGGACUUCAUAGUUGUCAUUAUCUCAGGUGCUUGUUUUCGGCUUGUAGGCUUUUCUACUAAAAAACUUUGUAUGAGUCGGUCUUUUCUGGAAGUUUUCUUGUAACCAGUAGCCUAGUCAUGGGUUAAUCCUGCCAAAACAUACUGUUAUCACCUCCUGCCUGCUACCAUGUCAGCUUAGACAAUACAAGAACAAGUGGACAGCAAAUUACUUGGUAAUAACGCAAAAUAAAUUUGACAAAUACA